AUGGGUUUGGAGAAAAAAUCGGCAAUGUUGGAAGAUUUGAUAGAGAAAUGCGGUGGUUGUGCGGUGGUCGACGGUGGUUUCGCAACCCAGCUGGAGAUUCACGGCGCCGCCAUUAACGACCCUUUGUGGAGUGCAGUUUCUCUCAUCAAAGAUCCUCAACUUAUCAAAAGGGUUCAUAUGGAAUAUUUGGAGGCUGGUGCAGAUAUUGUGGUUACUUCAUCUUAUCAGGCUACUAUCCCUGGGUUUCUUUCAAGAGGUUUAUCCGUGGAAGAGAGCGAGUCGUUGCUACAAAAGAGCGUAAAAUUAUCUCUUGAAGCCCGCGAUAAAUUCUGGGACAAAGUGAGCAAAAUAUCAGGACAUAGCUAUAACCGAGCUCUUGUAGCUGCAUCUAUUGGAAGCUAUGGAGCUUAUCUCGCUGAUGGCUCUGAAUACAGUGGAAACUAUGGCGAGAACGUAAGUUUGGAGAAAUUAAAAGACUUUCACAGGCGAAGACUUCAAGUCCUAGUGGAAGCUGGUCCGGAUCUUCUUGCUUUUGAAACCAUACCGAAUAAACUCGAAGCUCAGGCGUGCGUUGAGCUUCUAGAGGAAGAGAAAGUUCAAAUUCCGGCAUGGAUUUGCUUUACAUCUGUAGAUGGUGAGAAAGUUCCAUCAGGAGAGAGCUUUGAGGAAUGUCUCGAACCUCUUAACAAAAGCAACAAUAUUUACGCUGUUGGCAUAAACUGCGCACCUCCUCAAUUCAUCGAAAAUCUGAUUCGCGAAUUCUCCAAGCUGACCAAGAAGGCAAUCGUUGUUUACCCAAAUAGCGGAGAGGUUUGGGACGGCAAAGCGAAGAAAUGGCUGCCAUCGCAAUGCUUUGGUGACGAUGAAUUUGAGAUGUUUGCAACGAAAUGGCGCGACCUUGGAGCUAAACUGAUAGGAGGAUGUUGCAGGACAACACCUUCCACCAUUAAAGCUAUCUCCAGAGAUUUGAAACGAAGAUGA